AUGCCUAUCACUCCACAGCAUGCCCGUCAGAAUGUUGGCCCAUUUAUCGACAAUUUGAAUCGUCUGUAUGGCCUAGAAAUCCCCAAUCCGAAGAUUUCUUCUCCGUCAGCUCUUGAAACUCAUAUUUCGCUGCGCUGGAGGGUCUACAAGGGGAUUAAAAGACUGUACUACCAGCGCAGGCCUGGUCUCGAUCGUUUGAUCCAUGGAUUCGGCGAAUGGGUGGACGCACAAAAUCUGCCUCGUGCAGCCACCGUCCACGCGACCAGGAAUAGACGCAAGCGCAGCGAAGACCCUACGAUAUUGAGUGACCAGGAGAGAAACAAACGACUCGAAUACUUGCAGAAACUGGUGGAAGAUGAGAUCUGGGAAGCAGAUGGUGGAACGUUGAGAGCAAAGCGCGUCUCUGAAAGUUCUACGGAUCAGUCCGCUCAGUCCGGUUCACCCAAGAAGCGACCCUUGUUUGAAGCGGAGGAAGAGGACGAUGAAUUCCAUACUGCGCCAAAUUCACCCACGAAACAUGCCUGGCCUGUUCAAUCGCCCGGACUUGACUUGGCAAAGCUCGAAUUGGCAAUUCAGGAUGGAGCGAAUGACUCUGUUCCUGACUUUGUUACCCCGAAUUGGAGGUCGGAGAGGAUGAGACCACCCUCCAGCUUUGUUGAGAGGUUGACUGCAUCCCAGCCUGCGCCCCGCAGGGACCCUAUCAAGCGUUACGAUGCAGUGCCAUCCGCUGGGGACGCAAUGAAUACAAGUUUUAUGACCACGACCUCGGUAUCAUCGGUGUUUACAUCUCGGUUGAAUCGGUCUUUUGACACGGAUAUUACGGAACCACUAGCCACGCAGACAAGCUACACGGAUUCCGUGGUAGGCUGGAUGGAGCGAACCCUGGAUGCGAGCAUGGAAGAUCAAACCAUGACUGACGUGGAAGAGCCGGACGAAAAGGGCGCCAUACGGGAUAAAAUAGUCGAUAAUCUCCUUCGACACGGGCCGUUCUCGUUUGAGCAAACGCUCAGCGAGAAGAUUCCUCUGCGUUUUCGCUACGAAUUGGAGCGGGUUGGACGAUCAUGGAAUGUUCCUCUCAAGAACAUGCUGAAGGGGGACAAAGCUCCAUUUGCAAGCCAGGAUUCCUUUUGGGAAUGGAUUACACUCAGUCAUACACAGCGCUGUGCACGGCCAGUCCCAGAGCGAUCACCAGCCAAAGCUUGGGAUUCGGCCGUGGACGAUUUCAAGAUAGAGAGAGCUUCCGAGGUAGUCAUCAUGUCAGGCAAUCUUGAGUGGUGUACUGAAUCCGAACCCGGUAUUCUGAAAUUGAAUUUCGGUCCCUUAAAGACAGACAAGACAUGUCGAUUUCAUCGCAGAUUUGGGUCGGAUAGAUUCAUGACACUUACCAUACCAGCCCCAGCUCGGCCGCCCAAGUAUCUGCAAUUCCUUGAUCACCCAAGCGUUCUUCGAGAGAGUAUUGCUUACUGGCUGACGCGCCAUGAUCACAAGUGUCUGGGAAGAACAUGGCGACCGUUUUUUGUGGAGCAGGGAAAAUCCAAGGGCAAGGAGAGGAAGGAUCCUCAUUUCCGUAUCGACUUUUUCGCUGUGGAUGGCGUCGAUUAUAAUCACAAUCCCCUUCAGAUGGUCCCCAUUGCACCUCCGCAUCAGAAGAGUAAUAUGCAUACUCCGAUGAGCGUGGAUGAUUUGCUUGAGUGGCACAUGUCUUCUGCAGAAAAUGGUGGCCAGAGCAACUGUAAACUGUUCCAACGUAUCUCCCUGGGUCUGUCCAAAACAUUUGCUUCUGUGACACUUAGACCGCACCAGGUUGUCCGCUUGAGGGAUGACCCCUCGCGAAAACUUCAAAUGAAUGAUGGUUGUGCAUUGAUGUCCCGCGGCAUGGCAAAUGCCAUCUGCGCCAAGCUGGGUAUCACCGGCGCCACCCCCAGCGCCUUUCAGGGCCGCAUUGCGGGCGCAAAGGGUCUUUGGAUGGUAGACAGACACGAGUCUUCUCUUCGCAGCUUUGGCGAAGGCGCUGGCAAUGAUGUCUGGAUCCAAAUUUCUGAUACCCAAUUGAAGAUUCACCCUCACCCCCAAGAUUGGAGUGAACCGUUUGAUUCUGAGCAAUUGACUUUCGAGGUCGUCAAGUGGUCUAAACCAUUGAAUCCCGUCGAUCUGAACAUUCAGCUUCUGACUAUUCUCGCACAUGGCAGCAAUUGUCGAAAUUACGUUGCCGAGCUGACUCGAAAGAGCAUUCGAGAUCCAUUUGAAAGACUUGCGAAUGUACUUGAUCUCAAUAGCAAUGUUGCUUGUCGGGCUUUGCUUCAGGAACUCAGGCCUUCUGGUGAAAACGGAGCCAGCAAGGCCCGACAGUUAGAUCAGUGGGUAGCUAAUGAUACUGAGUUCAUUAUGCACUUAUGUGAGGCAGGAUUUGCUCCACGGACGUUCCACCCUCUUCGCAAGCGAAUCAGCUAUUUCCUGAGUGAUCUUCUUGAUCGCUAUACGGAAGACCUUCAUAUCCAGGUACCGCUUUCGACGUAUGCAUUCUGCAUUGCUGAUCCAUACGAAGUCCUCGAGCCAGAUGAAAUCCAUUUUGGAUUCUCCAAGAAUUGGAAGAACCCCGAUGAACAGUUUGAAGAUAACCUGUUAGAGGGUAUGGAUGUUCUCGUCGGCCGACUUCCGGCUCAUGUUCCGUCCGAUAUCCAGCGUCGCCGGGCAGUCUGGAAGAGCGAGCUUCGCCAUUUCAAAGAUGUGAUUGUCUUUCCGACGAAAGGAGACCAACCUCUGGCUGAUAUGCUUUCUGGCGGUGACUACGACGGUGACACGCCGUGGGUCUGCUGGGAUCCGAAGAUUGUGCAGAGUUUCCGCAAUUCUAGUAUGCCUACGGAUACGUUCCCGUUUGAUCAUUUUGGUCUCACCAAGUACUCGAUUCCUAUGUCCCAGGUGCAUUCUACCGAGGAGUUUUUGCAAAGUGCCUUCGAGUUUAACCUUACUGUGUCGAAUCUUGGUCGAUGUACCGUUGAGCAUGAGAGAAUUACUUAUCACCAAUCACUCGAUUGUCCGCAGGCUAAAGAGCUUGCAUGCCUGCUCAGUCAUCUGGUCGACGGCCGGAAGGGCGGCGUCCAUCUCUCGGAGCAAGCCUGGCAGACAUUCCGCAAGAAGAUCAGCCCAUGCGGACGGUCACCUCCAGCGUACCGAGAUCCAGACAAAAAGCCCAAGUUGAACAACAUCAUCGAUUACCUCAAGUUCUCAGUGGUCUCAAAAGAGCGAUACAAAAUCCUCGCCGAACUCGCGGACCGAUUCCCCGAAACCGAAUCUCGUGAUCGGGUCGACGACGAUCUCGUUCGUCCGUGGAUCGUGGCAUCGGAAGCGGCAAAAAUAGACCACGACUCCGGCGGCGAUCUCAGCCUUGUUCUGGGUCAAGUCAGCCAAACCAUCGAAAAGCUGCACAAAGAUUGGAUUACUAUGAAAAGCAACGAGUUACCCUAUUCCAUUCGAAUUCGACAAAUCGCUGAGAGCGCGCGGGCACUAUCUCCCCCAGAAGUAGGAUCUCAUCCUCUCACGCAUACAUGGCGCAACAGCCCCUAUGAAUGGCGUUGUCUCCUUGCUUCAUGUGCGUACCGAAGACACCGAAACUCGUUCUUCCCGUUCCACGCUUUUGGGGAUGCAUUGUGUCAAUUGAAGGCGUCUACGGUUCCAUCACGGACUAUUUCCAAUGAAAUUAUGGCCUGUUUGCGGGUUAAUCAGAAGAUGGCAUCUCGCCUUGUGGCGGGUGAAUUACUUGUGCAUAAUGCCGAGGCCGAGGAUACUCAGUAUGAAGGCGAGGACGCUAUUCUGGAAGCAGUGUUGAUGAGCCAGGAUGCGAAAUACUACGAUGAAUUAGAUGAUGGGAUGUCGGUGGAGUGA